CCUGAAAGCUCUCCUGUCCAGACUCCAUUUCUAACGUUCAUGGCAUUAAGAUUGAACCUCAAAAUCCGAACAACAACAGGACGAUAAAGGUAGAGAUAUAGGAAUAUAUAUUGUCGUUGGGUUUCUUGAUUCCCCUCUCUGCCUUAGCUUGAUUCUAAGGCAGAGAGUUCUCUGCCUGAACCAAAAUAUUAUUCAAAAUAACAAAAAAUGGUGUUUCAAGAUUUUGAUAUAAUACAGGAACGUCGAAGACAGGAGAGACAACGGAAACUCAAAAAGAGGCUUACCAUUGCCUUGGUGGCUAUCUUUGUUAUUGCUGGUAUAGCGGCGGCCGGAGCGCUUGCUUUUAUCUCUAUGAAAAAUAGUAGCAAGAAAUCAGAAAAAAACAAAAGCGAUGAUAAUAGUAAAGCCGACGACAGUAAACCAAAAGAUAACCCUCCUCCGUUAACUCCUUCAACCCCACCCUCAACUCCGUCGACCCCACCGUCUCCGCCAAAACCAUCAUCUCCACCAUCUCCACCAUCUCCAAAACCACCAGCUCCAGCUCCGAAAGCAUUAUUUCCACCAGCUCCAAAACCACUAGCUGCAGCGGCUCCAGCUCCAGCUCCGAAAGCAUCAUUUCCACCAGCUCCAGCUCCAUUAUCUCUGCCAGCUGCAGUCCCAGCUCCAGUUCCAGCCCCAAAAUCUGCACCAGCUCCAUCACCUUCAUUCGGGGAAGGAGCUAGUGAACUCAUAAAAUCCUUUUGCGAAAUUUCCACUUUCAAGGAAUACUGCGCCAACACUAUUGGGAAGACACUAGAAGAAAAUCCACUAUCCGCGACUCAACCCAAAGAACUUGUCAAGUCUUUUAUCACCAAAACAACUGAUGAGCUUGACAAGGCUUUCACCAAAGCCAGCACGUUCGAAUUGAAAACCGAUGUGGAGAGAAAAGCGUUUGAUGUUUGUAAAGAAGUGAUGGCCAAUGCCAAGGAAGAAUUACAGAGUUCCGUUGAUAGAGUAGGAACUAUAGAACCAGGGAAGUUACCAAGCAAUGGUGAUUUGAACACUUGGUUAAGUGCUGUAAUGUCUUACCAAGAAACCUGCAUUGAUAGUUUCCCUGAUGGACCAUUGAAGAAUGAUUUCAGGACUACCCUUAACUCUAGCCAGGUUUACACUAGCAAUUCCCUUGCCAUGGUCAGACAAUUAUCUUCUUUGAUGACUUUAGGUAAGGAAAAGCCACCAGCCAAACGCCGUCUUUUACAAACCAAUUUUCCUUUGUUGGCCAAGGGUGGGUAUCCGAGCUGGUUUAGCCAUGAAGAACGCAGGCUAUUGAAGGAAGACGAUGAUGACAAGAAGCCAAUUCCCAAUGUAACAGUGGCACAAGAUGGUAGCGGAAAUUUCAGAACUAUUAAUGAAGCACUUGCUGCUGUGCCACAAAAAUACGAGGGAAGGUAUGUAAUAUAUGUCAAGGCAGGAAUAUACGACGAGACUGUAAUCGUUCCAAAGAAAAUGGUAAACCUUACCAUUUUUGGUGAUGGAUCACAAAAGAGCGUUAUCACUGGGGCCAAAAAUUUUGUUGAUGGAUUCCCCACUUACCAGACGGCAAGUUUUGUGGCUUCUGGUCCUGGCUUUAUCGCAAAAAGCAUGGGCUUUAGAAACACGGCUGGGCCUGAUAAACAUCAAGCAGUGGCCGCAAGAGUCGAUGGUGACAGGGCCAUUUUCCUCAACUGUCGUUUCGAAGGAUUCCAAGACACCUUAUACACACAAACUCACCGUCAGUUCUACCGAAGUUGCGUGAUCGCCGGCACCAUAGAUUUCAUCUUCGGCGAUGCGACAGUCGUGUUCCAGAACUGUUUGAUUUAUGUAAGGAAGCCCAACGACAACCAAAAGAACAUCGUCACCGCCCAAGGGAGGAAAGACAAGUUAGAAACAACAGGCAUCGUUAUACAAAACAGUAAAAUAUUACCCGAGGAACCAUUCAAACCGCUCGCAAAACAAUUCAAGAAUUAUCUAGGAAGGCCAUGGAAGGUAUACUCGAGGACCAUCAUAAUGGAAACACUGAUCGAGGAUUUCAUUGACCCUGCUGGAUGGCUUGAAUGGGAAGGCGACUUUGCACUAAGUACCCUUUUCUAUGGAGAGUUCAACAACACAGGGCCUGGCGCAAGAACUGACGGUAGGGUGAAAUGGGCAGGACGAAGAGAUAUUAACAGAGAAGAAGCCCAGAAAUAUACAGUAGAAACAUUCUUAAAGGGAACAUGGGUAAAGGAAGCAGGCGCUCCUGUUCGUAUGGGACUGGGGAAUGUUUUUGGAUUCCUCUCAUCCCUAGCAAGUGAGAAUAAUCUUAUGGAUUCAAUGAAAUCCUUCCAGAGUUAUUGCAAGGCAGACGAGCUCGAAGAACGGGCUUAUCGGAGAAGGACCCGCAAGCGCUUAAUCAUCAUCGGACUCUCAACAAUCGUCUUGAUAGCCAUCAUCAUUGGUGCAGUCUUUGGGACGCUUUUCCCUGUAAAAUCCUCAAAAUCCAAAGAGAACCCACCAACUUAUACUGCAGAGAGCAUCAGAGCAAUAUGUAAUGUGACCAGGUAUCCUGAUUCUUGUGGUUCAAGCAUAGCGGCCAUAAGGAGCUCCUCAAAUGAUACUGACCCAAACCCUGGUCCUUCAAAAGUCUUCACACUGUCCAUGCAAGUUGCGGUCGGUGAACUGAGAAGGCUCUCGUCUCUGCCCCAAAAGAUCAUUUCUUCUAAUGUGAACAUCAAUCCCAUGGUGCGGGAAGAGUUGGAAAUUUGCGAAAAUCUUUUCGAGGACGCAGUUGAGUAUAUCAAUGACUCCAUAUCAGCCAUGCAAGUAGGGCAGGGAGACGAAAUGGUGUUGUCAACGGCCAAGAUAAACGAUAUAAAGACGUGGCUCAGCAGCGCAAUCACGAACCAGGAAACAUGUUUAGAUGGACUAAUGGAAGCCGCGAACCAUGCGGCUAUACCCCAAGAAAUGGAAAAUGCUACGAGGAACUCCACUGAAUUCAGCAGCAACAGCUUAGCUAUUGCAACCCACAUAAUGACCAUCCUACAGAGUUUCCAAGUUCCGAUUCAUCGGAAGUUGCUAAAAUUCGACCGCCACCACCAUGGUCGUGAAUUCGAUCCCCGUUUUCCUCUCUGGGUUCGUAGGGGGGACAGGAGAUUACUUCAGGAGGAAAAUCCUAAACCGAAUAUUACCGUGGCUAAAGAUGGUAGUGGAGAUUUUAGAACACUAAGUGAAGCAGUUGAAUUAGUCCCAAAGAAGAAAAAAACCAGGUUCGUUAUCUACGUAAAAGAAGGGGUAUAUUUAGAGAACGUGAGUAUCCAUAAGGAUUAUUGGAAUGUAAUGAUUUAUGGAGAUGGAAUGUACAAGACUAUCGUCUCUGGCAGCUUGAACAAGGUCGAUGGAACCCCUACCUUUUGGUCAGGCACUUUAAUUGCUGCGGGUAGGCGAUUCAUAGCAAGAGACAUGGGUUUCAUAAACACAGCAGGCCCAGAAAAAGAGCAAGCUGUUGCAAUGCGUUCGUCCUCGGACCAAUCUGUGUUCUACCGCUGUUAUUUUGAUGCAUACCAGGAUACUCUUUACGUGCAUUCCAAUCGCCAGUUUUACCGUGAUUGUCAUGUCACUGGAACCGUUGAUUUCAUCUUUGGGAAUGCGGCUGUGGUUCUACAAAAUUGCAGCAUUCAACCCAGGCAGCCCGGGCCUGACCAGUUCAACACCAUUACCGCGCAAAGCAAGACUGACCCAAAUCAGAACACCGGUAUUUCGAUCCAACGGUGCCAGAUUACUCCUUUUGACAACCUGACGGCUACCACCUACCUUGGUAGGCCUUGGAAGGAUUUUGCAACUACAAUGUUCAUGCAAUCACAUAUUGGAGAUAUUGUGGACCCAGCUGGUUGGACCCAAUGGACGGAGGGUGUUGAUCCGCCUAAUACUAUAUUUUAUGCGGAGUACGAAAAUUUGGGGCCUGGAUCAGGGAUCAAUGAACGAAUAAAUUGGCCCGGUGUUAAGCCGAAUGUCACCACUGAAGAAGCAAGAAGAUUUACCGUAGAGUCUCUUAUUCAGGGAAACCAGUGGUUGCCAAAGGAUAGUAUGGUGUAUGAAUCAAGUUUAGAAUGAUGAAGAUAAAAUCAUGUUAAAAAAAAUUAUGAAUUAUUCUUUUGUUAUUUGAAUUUUCAUGGAUGUUAAUACUACCUUUUAACUCUUAAGUUCAUAGGCGA